AUGCUGUCCCGUGGCAUUUCCCGAGCGGCGACAGUCGCGCCCCGUGGCGUGCGGGCUUUCACAGCGACCACUGCGCAGCAGAAGCUUCCCGCCCUGGCCGACAUCAAACAUGACGGAGUCGAGGAGUUCAAGGCCAAGCAAAAGGAGUUCCGGGAGCAUCUCAUCAAGGCGGAGCAGCGUCGAGAAGAAGAACACCGCGCCAAAAUUGCGGCCAAGAAGAACCAGCCCGAACGGCCAGACGGCCUCAUCAGCAACCUCAUCUACGGCACAAAGGAGGGCCGCGAGCUCGAUGCCCAGAUCGAAGCCAGUUUCUCGGCGGUUCUCGCACGAGGCAAAUAUGUCCAUUCAAUCGUCUUCCACGAAGUGCUUCCCGACAAGGUUGAGGAGUACGCAGAGCUUGUGGGCAACUGGUAUCCGCGGAUGGCGUCCAUGGAAGAGAACAAGGUCAACCUCGUUGGCAGCUGGCGCACCGAAGUGGGAGACUGUGACACCUUUGUGCAUAUCUGGGAAUACCAACGCUACGAGGGUUACCACCAGUCGCUCCACUCAAUUUCCAACCACCCGGACUUUCCCGAGUUCGACAGGAAGCUGAAGAAGCUCAUCAAGUCCAAGCACUCAUCCAUCAUGCAGGAGUUCUCCUUCUGGCCCACCACAGCUCCUCGGAAGCUCGGUGGCGUCUUUGAACUGCGCUCGUAUACGUUGCACCCAGGCAAUCUCCUGGAAUGGGAACACCACUGGCGGCGAGGUCUCAAGGCCCGGCGCGAGGUCAUGGAGGGCGUCGGUGCCUGGUUCGUCCAGAUUGGCGAUCUCAACACGGUCCACCACCUCUGGCAGUUUGCCAACCUCGAGGAGCGCAAGGUCCGGCGUGAACAGAGCUGGAAGCAGGAGGGCUGGGCAGAGACGGUUCACAAGACUGUGCCGCUGAUCCAGACAAUGAAGUCACGCGUGCUUGUGCCUAUGCCCUGGUCACCAGUCUCCUAG